CGUCUUCCCAAGACGGUGGCAACUUUGUGUUUCCCAACUCUCAGAAAGUCCCUUUAUAGUUUUAUUCUACGGUUUCUCCAAAUUUAACCGACUAUCUUUUGUCGGUGGUUAUACCGACACACGAAGAGGAUUUACAAAGAGAACAAUUUGGUCUACAUUGCGUCGAAAGAAGCUAACUGUUGAGCACCAGCGUUGGUGUGUGGCAGGAGAGUCAGCUCUCCGCCGGGGCUGGGCUGGAGAUGGGGGAUCCGGAGCCUCCAGAGUUUGGGUCCCUGGAUGAAGAGCUGGAGUACUGGAAGGAGCAGGCUGCCAGGCACCAGCAGAGUGCAGAGGAAGCCCAGGAGGAACUGCAAGAGUUUCAGCAGAUGAGUCGGGACUACGAGGUGGAGCUGGAGACGGAGCUGAAACAGUGUGAGGCGCGAAACCGUGAGCUUCUUUCUUCCAACAAUCGCCUCCGCAUGGAACUGGAGAACUACAAGGAGAAGUAUGAGACGCAGCACUCUGAGGCCUACCGGCAGAUCUCCAGCCUGGAGGGAGACUUGGCUGAGACCACAGCCGUCAGAGACCAGCUUCACAAAUACAUCAGAGAGCUGGAGCAGGCCAACGACGACCUCGAGAGAACCAAGAGGGCGACCAUCAUGUCGCUGGAGGACUUUGAGCAGAGGAUGAACCAGGUUAUAGAGAGGAACGCCUUUCUGGAAAGCGAGUUGGACGAGAAGGAGAAUCUCUUGGAGUCCGUCCAGAGGCUGAAGGACGAGGCCAGAGACCUGAGACAGGAGCUUGCAGUGCAGCAGAAACAGCAGGUACAGGACAGGAAGCCGUCCCUCAGCAGUGCAGUCAAAGAGCCUCCCUCCUCCUCCGCCUCAUCCAUGGCUGGUUUUCCUACCCCACCCCUCACCCCAUCAGACAAACGGAGUGAGGACAAAACCACAUCUUUGUCCUCUAACCAGCCCGUCCUCUCUGCCGCCACACCAUCCAGACCUCCAGCCUCAGCCGAGUCCUUCAGCACCCCGCCUCCCUCCGUCAGCAGAGGUGACAGCCUCUCGGGGACACCUCUCACCACAUCCGCGAGAAUCUCGGCUCUGAGCAUCGUUGGAGAGCUGCUGAGAAAAGUCGGGAACCUGGAGUCCAAGCUGGCGUCGUGUCGGGAAUACGUCCACGAGCAGACGGCGAGCCGCAGAGGUCACGCUAGUGGACAGGGGGCAGCAUCAGGCCAGAACAACUCCUCAGAGACCCAUCCUACAAAUGGCCUCUACAACAAGGGGCUCGUGAAGAGGUUAGACUUCGGAGCUGGGUCCAAACUGCUGCUGUGAAAGUGAAGCGUCCUCCACCUCGAUCCUUAGUCCUCCUCUGAGCUGCUUGGACCUUCCCGUCCAUCCUGCCUGGAUUUAACGGUACUGUGUGUUGCACAUCAACGAGGUGGCCAGCAAAACACAGACCACUUUCACUGGGAGCUGCAGUGAUGCACAUGGAUGGAUACACACACUUUGGGAUGUCUGUAACCAGCUCAAGUCUACAGAUUUUUUUGUUUCAUAAUUUGCAGGACUUUUCGGCACUCGCACUUAGCUUGAACUAACUUAAUGGACUUGUGCUGCAUGUCUCCACCUCACCUCCUUUGUUUUCUUUUGACAAGAUUUUUUUUGCCCUUUUUUGUCUCCUUUUGCUCAAAAGGUGUGUUUAGAUUGAACAUAAAGCAAGUUUUAGUCCAUUAAAAGACACGGGUUGCAGGUUUGCAUUGAGCUGAAAUGUUUGAAGUUGCAGGAAAAAUAUAUGUCAUUAUCUUAAACCUGUAUUACUUUAAUGCAUGACAAGGUUUUUCACACUGUACUGUUGCAGAGGAUCAAUAUCCAGAAUGAAAUCCUGCAUGAAUGCCCCCCUUUAAUACUAACUUCAACUCAGCCACACAUAUGCAUCCGUUGGUUAGAUCACCAGAUUCAAACUUGUGCACUUUAGCAGUUAAUUAUUAACAGUUAGCAAUAACAGGCAACAAACUAACAACUUUCCAUAAACACAAACACAUGAUUGAACUGUGUUCAUGAACUUGGAGGAUUUUAUCAUCUUCAAGGGCUCACAAGGUUGACUUCAGACCAUUUCAAACGCUCUGUAAAUUCAUUUACACUUUGCUCUUUUGCACAAUAUUUCCUUCAAAAUACAUGUAGCGACUUAGUGUAAAUGGGGUCAAUGAGUGUGAAGGAAAAUAAGAAAAUCACAUACACGAGGUUAGUACCAGUAAACGUCUCAUUCAUUCAAUGUUAAACGCGGUCUGCUGAAACAUUUCAGUGGUCAAACCUGCACAAUUAAACCAAAGUGAGAAUUUGCUUCAUGUUUAGUUCAGACACACCUUGAACACUGGAAGGGCACUUUGAUAUACACAAAAGGAGAGGGAGGUGGUUUUUGAGAAUGUCUUGAAGUACUACUUUUAAACUGUUUAGACGACACAGUCAGUCUUGUCCACAUAAAACCACAUUUGAUGGUCUGCUUUUGUACAUUUUGUCUCCAGAGCUGCAUCUGUUGAAAAUGAGGAGUUGGCAAAAAAAAAGAAAGUGGCACUAAUCCCAGAGAGACUGGAAGCAAUAGUUGAUUUGAACACACACUGUAGUCCUGGUAAUUUUAGUAGUCCUAAAUAUUUUAGAUUGUUACAGAUGAAUUUGUUGCAGAUAAACAUGGACUUGGUAUGUGUUGUUACUCAUGAUUAUUUGGAGGACGAUUUGAAAUGUAGAAUUUAGAUUUAUGGAAGUGAGUAAACUGGUGUGGUGAACCUGGAAUGAGAGACUCGUGUUCGUCAGUGUUUCAAAAUCACCCCUCUGAACGCCUGAAGGGUUUAAUGAAUGAGCUGUUUAUCACUGUGACAAAGUGAAAUGACUUAUUAAAAGCACAAUGUUUUAUGGGGGAAAAAGACAAGUUUUUGAAUGCAUAUCUUUUUGAUAUCUAGUGGCUAUCAGUGGUUCUGCAUUUGAAAGCUGCCUUAAUUAGUAUGUUGUUCGGUAAUGAAUGAGAUGUGAAAGUUGCUCAUAGUAAUGAAGAGAUGUAUCACCAUCUCUGCAGCUACAUGCAGCGUUUUGGCCUCAUUUACUACUUCUGGUUUUAUGGCUCAUUCAGCUUUCGAGCAGUAAUUCAAGGAAAUUAAUUUAGACUCUGAAUAAGGAAGUGUCAUUUACUUUCUCUCCCUGCAUGACUGAGAUCAGUGUUAGAGCAAGCAUCACUUCUAAAUUGUUGAACUCCUAGUUAACCCGUAAAUGUUCAUGAUGGAAUCUGGAAUUUGUUCAAUUCUAAGCACUGAAGUUGUAAUUUGGGAUGUCCCGAUCAAGUUUCAUUUGGCUCUGAUCCUGAUCCGAGCCCUUCGCGGUACUUAUUGAACUAAAUGACACAUUUUCCCAGUGUGCACUCAAAGAAAAUGAGAUUAAAUAAAACUUAAGCCUUCCUGAAGGAAAUUACGUUUGUAGUAACAUUUAUCCAUAGCAGUGGAAAAAAGCAGUAUUGAUUAAGGCACAUGGAAACUCUGGCACAUGGAAAUAGCAGCUUUAGUCUAUAAAAUGUAGUAAUUCAAAUUCUUGAGAUCCCCGUCCAGAGCUAUUAAGUUGAUUCUAAAUCUGAUAUGAAUGAAAUUUUAACAGAGAACAGUAAAAAUUUGAUUUGAUGUGGUUUAUUUGACCGUGGACAUCCCUAGUCAUCAUUUUGGUCGGCUGACCUUUGGGCUCUUUGAUCUUGUCACUUUUUGGUGAAAUAUAUACUGUGGAUAUUCACGGUCCCCAGAGGAUGCUUGAUGACUUCAUCAUCUUAGCUCUGGCUCCGUCAUCAGACCAAACACUACUAGAAAAUAUCAAAAUCUAACGUGUAGAUGACAUGAAAAUGACUCAUUUUCCGUGCUCAGGACAAAUGUUACACUUCUGUCUCUGCUCUUCAUAAGGCACUAAGAUUAGGAAAUGAUCAGUAUGUUGUUCGCUCUGUCCAAUGCUUUGUUAUUAUGUGAUAAAAUGAACAUUGAGCCUCAUGUGUUGGGUCUUGAGGCACCUUUUAGACUGAAGAGCUCUACUUCUGUGUCUCCAGGAGUGAAAUAGGAAACGUCUUCUGUUAGCGAGGAGACAUGAAUACUUCAGUGAAGGCUACUUGUGUUUUAUGUUAAAAAGAAAACGUAUGUAAUAGGUUUGACUUGUAGUGUUGUAUACUGUACCUCUACUGUAGCGUCACUAACGUAGGCUGUAGGUUCAGUGUGUAGGCAGGACUGACUCGCAGGGGGCCUCUCAGGGCAGACUGGACCUUUCCUGCAAAGGUCAAAGGUCAGUGUGUGAAAGCAGAUGUGGAAAAUAAUUUGAGGUUUGGUGUUUUUUUGCCUUGUAUGACUCUAUAAGGGUACUUACAUGCUCACAUACAAAGUGCUAAGACCUGUUGUGCUCUUUGUUCACCUUCAGUGCUGCUUAUGUUUCUCAACAAGCAAUAAAACUUGAAAUAAAA